GACGUGCGCAGCGUGACGUUUCGCGCGCGAACGUUUCUGCAACAGCAACGCCGGGACGGGACGAAGGUCGCGAGCGUGCGAGCCAGCGAUUAUUGCUCAACAGCGCCGGCUGUCCCGGAAUCCGCGGCGAGCGUCGGUCCACCGUCCAGUUCCGAAUCGGCGACGUUUCGAUCGUCGUCGGCGCUCACGAGAGGCGACGGGAGGCGACUCGGAGCUGAUGCGUAAAAUCGCAUCGGCGUUCCGCUAAAAUCCGAAGCGAGAAAGGAAGCGGAACGAUCGUUGGGUGUUGACAAUUCCUCGGAUCGGAUUAUAACGCGCGUCGUGGACGCGCACCGCUCCGGGAGUCGCCGAGUGCCGAGUUCUCGCAACGUGGUCGACAGGUCGCCCGCGGCCUCCACCUGUCGCUCCCGACACGCCGGCCGCCACGCAUCUCUCCAAGAUUCGGAUCGUCGAGUGCCUUUGCGCGACGCUCGCGAUCCUGUCGCCCGUCGCGAUCGCCCGCGACAUGGCCACGUACGGGCGUUAUCGUGGCAGGAACAAUCAGGAGCUCGUACAGCAUCUGCGGCGCUCGAGGGUGAUCAAAUCUGACGGAGUGUUUGACGUAAUGAGUUCUGUGGACAGAGGAAAAUACACUCAUCCCAGCCAUGCCUACAUAGACGCACCACAAGGGAUCGGCUACGGCGUCACCAUCAGCGCUCCCCACAUGCACGCGUAUGCCCUGGAAUUGCUUGAAGAAAAGCUGCAUAACGGCACAAGGGCGCUGGACGUUGGCUCUGGAUCCGGAUACUUGACAGCAUGCAUGGCCCUGAUGAUGGGACCACAGGGGGUCGCCGUUGGAAUCGAUCACAUUCCAGAGCUUCGAGCGAUGGCCGAAGAGAACAUCCGGCACGACCAUCCGGAACUUUUGACCGACGGACGCGUGGAAUUGGUUGUUGGUGACGGGAGAUUGGGAUAUCCCAGUCGUGGACCGUACGACGCUAUUCACGUGGGAGCGGCCGCCAAAGAUAUGCCGCAACCGUUGAUAGAUCAAUUGGCACCUGGCGGACGUUUAAUAGUGCCCAUGGGUCCAGAGAAUUCGGAUCAAACCCUAAUGCAAAUCGACAAGACUCUGGACGGCAAGAUCAAGCAGCGAUCCCUGAUAGGCGUGGUGUUUGUCCCUCUCACCGACAAGGAACGACAGUACCGUCGAUCAUGAGGCACGUGCGAGCUCCAAUAAGUGAGCGCCAUUUUUUUAUGUUUGUUUUUUAUUUAUGUUUAUGGUUUCUUGAAUUAGUUCAUCAUUUUGAUAUCAAUUUAAUAUUUUGACAUCGCGAAAACCACUCACUAUUCACGUAAAAAAAUAUUUAUAAUGUAUAUCUAUGAUAUAUAUAUAAUUUAAAUUGUAUCACAGUCUAUAAGCAUUACGCUGACACACCCUUGCACAGCAAAUUUGUUGUUACAAAUCAUUAUAAAAAUUAAUCUAGUAGAUUAAUCUAAUAGUUAUAUAUAUAUA